AUGAAAUUGCUCAUCGUUUUUGCUUUGAUCGCCACAGCUUAUGCUGGUCAAAUCCAUGGAGGGCAUCAUGGAGGACAUGGAAGCCAUGGCGGAGGUCAUGGAGCAUCAGGAGGAAAUAUCCUCGUUCGUGUCGAUCCAAGCAUCUUAGCUGGCGCUAGCGGCGGACAUCAACAAGCAGCUGCUCCUCCUCCUCCCCCACCUCCUCCAGCUCCUGCUCCACAAGUCUUCCGUCUUGAACCUGUUCAAGGACAUGCUGCUGCUGCUGCUCCACCUCCACCCCCUCCUCCUCCCCCACAAGUUUUCCGUCUUGAACCUGUUCAACAAGCUGCUCCACCCCCGCCUCCUCCUCCUCCAGCUCCAGCUCCAUCUGGCGGCGGUCAAGUUUUCCGUCUUGAACCAUAUCACGGAGGAUCAUCAGGCGGCGGAAGCUUCAGCGGAUCAUCAGGCGGCGGUAGCUUCAGCGGAUCAUCAUACUCAUCAGGCGGCGGAUCCGGUGGCUUUUCAUCAGGCGGUAGCGUACAAACGAUCACUUUGAGACGCGUUGGCGGAGGCGGCGGAGGAUCUGGAGGCGGAUGGAACCAAGGAGGUUCUUCAUGGUAA